AUGCGUCGUGACAUCGCUAUGAGAAUAAAGGAAAUAAAUGAAAAGUUAUCUGAGAUAGCCAUUUUAAGAAAAAAUUAUAACUUUCAGAACACAAUUAGAGCCACUGAGAAACUUGAACGGGUUGAAACUUCUUCUUUUGUCCAAGUGUCUAGUAUAAUUGGUCGUGAAGAGGAGAAAAAUAGAUUAAUGAGCAUGUUGUUAAGUGAGAGUAGUCAACAAGGGGGGAGUCCAUUUGUUGUGAUCCCCAUUGUGGGGAUGGGAGGAUUAGGAAAAACUGCCUUUGCCCAAUUAGUCUAUAAUGAUGAAAAUAUAAAAACUCAUUUUGACACUAGAAUAUGGGUUUGUGUGUCAGACCCUUUUGAAGAGAUCAAGAUUGCCAGAGCCAUUGUUGAAGUGCUAAAUAAUGAUGAUGUGUGGACUCCAACCAUUGAUAAUUGGGAACCAUUAAUGGGAGCUUUACAAAAUAGUGCUAUAGGCAGUAGAAUAUUGGUGACCACGAGAAAAGACACGGUUGCUACUGUGACUGGAGCAGCCGCUGAUCACGUAAUCCAUUUGAACAUCUUGAGUGAUCAAGAUUGUUUGCAAUUAAAGAGAAUACUACACCAGCAGAUCCCAUCCAAUCUGUCAGUUCCAUGA